AUGUCUGUGACCCCCAGGGGAACUGACAGGCAAUCUGAAAAGCUGGCACAACCCAAGGUAGUACCUAUAUCACUUCAGGCUCUGCAGGCCUUCCCGGCAGACGCAAUCGUCGAGAACGCCCUCUGUGCCAUUGAACGGAGCCAUCCCCGCUGUCUACUUGCUGUGCGACAUAACAUGCUGGCAGUGUUACAGCGUCGUCCCACCAUCAAUCCCCAGCCCAUUGUGUCGCAAAGGCAACGCAGUACCAGUUGGCCUGGCUGCAUAUCCCCAAGACCCAGCAAGUGGAAUCGAAGGUCAGCCACAGGUGCCGCCCGCUUUAUCGUUGUACCCCCCUGGUCCAACUUCCUCCAUCUUCAACUCUCCUUCUGCUUAUCCAGCAGACCCGUCGGGACCUCAGAUUUAUACUGGAGCCCCCCACUCUCUGCUGUCGAACGCGGCGGCUUUGAGACGAUUUCCAUCCAGGUAUGA